GCCUGCCUUCCCAAAUCUCUUCCCCUUGGCCUUUCUUCUCUUUUAUGCCAUAGGUUUUCUGACUUGCUUUGCAAGUUUCGAGUGUUUCGUUUUGUUUAUGAGUUGGGUUUAAGAUUUAGGUUUGAAUCUCUGUUGCAGAUUGAAAUCUGGCAGAGUUUUCUGAAUUGGGUUUUUCUGUUUCAGCCCCAAUACUGUUAUAUGUGAUUCUUAAUCAGCUAUAGUUUUCCAUCAUUGUAUUGGAUUUCAUGGUGUUUUUUUGCAGCCCAGCUGAGAUCUUGUUUGGAUUGGUGCUUCAGAAUCUGAUCUUGUGUUUUCUAUAGUUUUAUCAAUACUCUGUACUGGUCAUAUGGUUUUAUUCCUAUUACUGGUUUCUGGGAUCCCACUUGAUAUAGGUCUGAUCUCAGUGUUUGUAUUGUUUUUUAUGUGGGUUUAUAGUUUCAGUCCUUAUCGUAGCCCCUGCUAUUAGGAUCCCCUUUUUGUAAGUAUAUAUUUAGAGAAUAGAUCAAAAUAGCAGGAUUAGGUUAAAAAGUGAUAGAUUAUGCAAAGAUCUUGGCCCUCUUAGGGUGAAUAAGGGAUAGGUUAUACAGAGAUCCUGGACCUCUGAGCUGAUAAGAGAGAUUUGGCUUCUUCAUAAUAGUCCUUGGUAACUGAUAAGGCUUGAUUAGGAAGGUGAUAAUAUUAGCUAAAUGGCUCCUCCAUCAAAUGUAAUUGUGCCCAAUUCAAUGAUGGGCAUGAGUGCAUGCACAAAUUCCACAAUUUCUUCUGGUGGACCUGUGAUGCAGCAGCUAAACUCAGGCUCUGAGGAAGACCCACAUCAAAUCAUGGAUGAGAGGAAGCAGAAAAGAAUGAUUUCCAAUAGAGAAUCUGCAAGGAGGUCCAGAUUGAGGAAACAGCAGCAUUUGGAUGAACUGAGAGCAGAGGCAGCUCAUCUCAGGGCAGAAAACAAUAAGAUCCUCACAAAAUUCAAUUUUAUUUCUCAGGAUUACAUGAAGCUGCAAGAGGAGAAUAUUGUGCUUAAGUCCCAUGCAGAUGAAUUAUCCCACAAGCUGCAGUAUCUGAAUAUGGCAAUCCAAUGGGCUGGGGUACUGAAUGGCCUGGAUUUGAGUUCAUCAAAUGCCCUUUUGGAUCCAAUUCCCAUGGAUAACAACAAGUGGUUCUUCCAGCCUUCCAUUUCUGAGCCCUUGACAGCUACAGAAAUCUACCAGUAGUUCUUAUUCCAAAUGUUUCUACUUUCAAUCAGCCCACAUUUGUCCGUAUGUUUUAUAGAGUCUUCUAGGCAUUGAUGGAUCAGAAAACAUCCAAAUGUUUCUACUUUCAAUUAGCCCACAUUUAUCUGUAUGGUUUAUAGAGUGUUCUAGGCAUUCAUGGAUCAGGAACAGGAGAAGGGAUCCUAUAGAAUGAUUAUGAAUUUGGUUAUGCAAUCUAGACAAAGCAUGUAAAAAUUGCCUACGUGCUUCCUGUGAUGUAAAUAGUUUAGGGUGGAUAAAGCAGAGGUGUUGUACUGCAUUCUUUUGUAUUAAGUCCUUUUAAGGGCUGAGUGGAUACCAAUGGGCUAGUUUUAAAAUAUUACGCA